GCAGAUUUGGUGAGCCACAGCACGAUGACUUUACUAGCUAGCCGCCUAGCUAGCUACAAAAUAUCCAUGUAAAAUUAGAACUAAAUCUGUUCAUCGUUAGACAAAGUAACAUUACAGGCAGUGUAUUAGUUUAGAACGCCGUGUGUGCAGCAACGUCAGCAUGGUUUGGACCAGCAGAAUUUGCUACAGGAAGUAUGGAAACUUCGUGGACAACCUCCGGAUUUACGUCAAGGGUGGGAGUGGGGGCAUGGGAUUACCCCGUCUUGGUGGCCAAGGAGGAAAGGGAGGAGAUGUCUGGGUGGUAGCGAAACGCGGUGCAACCCUGAAGGGGAUCAAAGACAAAUAUCCUCAUAAACGAUUCAUUGGCGGAGUUGGGCAAAAUAGCAGCAUCCGCGCCCUGAAGGGGAACAAAGGCGAGGACCAGCAGAUCUUCACUCCCCCGGGGAUUGCAGUCACCACCGAGGAUGGAAAAGCGAUAGGAGAGCUGAAUGCAGAAGGGGAUCAGCUCCUGGUGGCCCGAGGUGGCCAUGGUGGCUCACUGCACUCCAAUUUCCUCCCCAGCAAAGGCCUGGGCCACCACAUCCGUUUGGACCUAAAGCUCAUUGCUGACAUUGGCCUUGUCGGGUUUCCAAAUGCUGGUAAAUCAUCUUUGCUCGCUGCACUCUCCCAUGCCAAACCACAGAUAGCCGAUUAUCCAUUUACAACCCUGAGACCACAGAUUGGCAAAAUCAUGUAUGAUGACCACAGGCAGGUUUCAGUGGCCGACCUGCCUGGCCUGAUCGAGGGUGCUCACCUGAACAAAGGCAUGGGACACAAGUUCCUCAAACACGUGGAGAGAACCAAACAGCUGAUGCUUGUGGUGGAUGUCUGUGGUUUUCAGCUCUCCAGCAAAACGCAAUCCAGAUCAGCCUUUGAGGCCGUGCAGCUUUUAACAAUGGAGCUGGAGCUGUACAAAGAGGAGUUACUGUCUAAGCCUGCCCUUCUGGUUGUGAACAAAAUGGAUCUUCCAGAUACAGAGGAGAGCUUUGAGGAGCUUAUGGAUCAGCUUCAGAAUCAAGAAGAUUAUGCACAUUUGCUUCCAGAGGACAUGGUCCCAAAAAACAGCUUGCAGUUCAAGCACGUGGUCCCAGUUUCCGCAGCAACAGGGCAUGGCAUCGAGGACUUGAAGGUGUGCAUUCGCCAGUCGUUGGACGAGCAAGCUGCCGUGGAGACGGAGGCCCGGCACAGAGAGCAACUCCGGGAGCUGCGGGGGACACGCUCUCCUCCUGCCAGCCCCUCAUGGGGCUCCCCUCGCAUCAUGUGAUCUGGGGUUGACGCUCGCCCUCAGAUUCUGGCGAGGCUGGAGUGUGUAUGAAUUACGCCAAGGCCACUCAAAGCCGAUAGCCAAGAGGAAGCGAAGCUGAACCGGCCCAGUCAUGAGGAACGAUCGGUCAGAAUCUCUCGAUUAAGCGCUCGGACGGAGAGAGAGCCAGAAGAACCUGUGGGCCGGCUUAUCUUGAAUUUGCUCAAUUCGAGAUUGGUUGGGAAUCACCUGGGAGUCACAGCGCUGAAAAGUGGACCUGAGAACAGGGUCGUGAAUUGAAUUUGAAAAUGAGAGUCUCUGCCAAUAUAGCCCCCAAGAAAGACGUCUCAGCUAAAUUAGUCCAAACCCUGCUCUAACAAUGAUUGUCAAGUAGAUCAAAGCUGUAAAGGUGUGCAUGAGGUAAUUUUCCUGGGAUGAGUGUAUUUCGGAGCCAAAAAAGUUAUGGGAGUGACAGGGAGCUUACCGCUGUCAGAUGGCCUUGAGAUUGCUGCAGGCAUGGGGGACAUGUAGUUCUUUGCGACUGCUGUUGACGGGCCUAAUGUGUUACCAUUUCUUUUCUGUUGAAUCCCAUUCAUUUUGAUUUCAAUGUAACGCUUUCAUGAAUGUGAAGAAAGGU